AAAGCACCAAAUCAUGGAAAAAUAGAAAACUUCCUUUUAAAAAAUGCUCUGCAUGAGCAGAGUGCACUGCAUCAUCAGAGACCCAGACUGCAUGAGGAAUGCUACUCAAAUUCAAGCUCAGGGAUGGUGAGGGACUGAGGACAACCUGCUCAUGAAGACUUGAGGACGGGACUUGCAUCUGCUCACUUUGAGCCUUUGCAUGUUCAGGCAAAAACCUGAAUACAGCUGAAUACCCUUCCCUUCCCUUUUCUUUUCACAUCCCCCCACUAAUAGUUCUUGAAAUGAAAGUUGCAAACCUGUUGUGCAUGUUGUAGAGUUUUGUGUUGCUGCUGUCACUCAUCCUGAAGUGCGCUUUUGAAGGGCACUUCCCUUGCCUGAAACUGAUAGACCUUUCCCUUGUGACUGCAGUUGGGGCCUGAGCUUCACCAGGUUCCCCUUACGAGUCACAGUACCUUGGAAGAGGGAAAAGGAAACAGACAUGAGGCUCUUCAUCAUCUGCCUCUUGUGCUUGCUGAUGGACUGCCUGCUGCUGCCUGACACCGAAUGCCGAAUCCUUGAGCGAUCCAUGGAAGUCAGAAAUCCAGACAUUGACCCUUCCUGGUACACGGGGCGAGGGAUCCGACCUGUGGGACGGUUUGGCAGAAGGAGAGCAGCUGGAGAGAAAGCCCAGAAAAGUGACCACCGGCCCCAGCAAGCCUGCUUCCCCAUAGGAGACAGCGAUGAGCAGCUGCAAGAUGAAUGAUGCCUCAGAAGUGAACGAUCUCCCAUCCCGACAAGAAAGAACACACACACAUCGCAAUCUCUCCAGAGGCCAAAUAAAAAACGUUGGACUUUUUGCCCUGUCUCUUUUAUGUCUCAUGCCAGAGUUCAAGAGCAGGGUUUGGCUGAAGAAUUUCCUUAGACUAUAUCUCUCUACGCCCUCACAUUGUAUUCCUUUUACUGUCAAAUUC